AUGGCGGUGAGAAUUAAUGCAGUUGAUGCUGCCACCGCCAGCUGGGUGGAUCAACUUCGCGAGAAAUAUGUUAACACUGAUGUCGAUAAUGCCGAGAAUCCGAGCAAAUUUGGAUACCACCAUGGGCCGAUCAAGAACCCAAAUCAUGGCUGGGUCCCGCCUUCACAUCAAGAAGAUGCCAAGAUUGUGGGAAGGAAAAGAAGUAUUGAAACCCUUUCAGUCGCGGAAAAUGCCCUUGCUGAGAAGGAGGGAGUCCAACUAUCCAGUGUCAAUGGUUUGAUCUGCGAUAUAGUUGUGGACCCGUCUACUGGAGAAAUGUGUGGUGCUGGAUGGUUCGGUGAUUGCCCAGCUCUCCGUCGCCAUAUUCGGACUGCUCAUCCAGGGGCUGUUGCCAACUUUGUUUCUCAUGGAAGUCUAUCUGACGAGCGUGUCGCCGCCGAAAUCGCUCUUCGCAAGUGGGUGAGAGAUGGCCAUUGGCGAAAGGCGAAGUACUCUAAAGAGCCGGGCAUACCACCCUUUGUCAGCAUUAUCCGGAUGAUUGCUGAUGAGCUUGAACUUCUGGCGCGCUACGACGCUUCGGUUGCCCAGAAGUACGGGAUUUGGUUCCAUCGUUAUGUUCCAGGUCGGGAACAGGGCUCUCCUGGACGUUUGCUGUUUAUCCAAAAGGCCUUACCUCCUGCUCAGAUGCCAAAGAAAACUCCACAGAGUGGAGAAAAGCGAAAGGUAAUUAUUAUUACGGCUUCAGAACGCAGCCAAUCCUCAGAGCACGUGCUUACAGCAUCACAGGCCGACGACGCCGAUGUGGGUGGUGAGAACGAACGGCGAAGAUCCUUUGUCAAGAGUGUUAAGAGCCGUUGCGAGUCUUCAUCACACACGUCAGUAGUCAUGCCGGCGGCGACUGCAACGGCCACUCCAGCAGUCACCCCGGCGGUCACCCCAGGCUCGAACGUCUCUCCCAGCACUACGGUUCAACGCUGGAGCAAGACAUCUCUGGUACAAUUUUUUGAGAAUUCGGGGCUGUCGCAGGAGGCAUAUGUUGACCUUCUCGCUUUGAAGGUAGCCAGUAAUCUGCGGGCAGAGUUUGCGUUGUUAAGUUACGAAGUGGGGAAGCUAAAGCAGGAAGUCAAGGAGUUGAAGGAUAAGCUUAGCAAAUAG